UGCAAGCGUCAAAAAAAAAAGUAAGCAAAGUCUGUCUCUAUCUAUCUAUCUAUGUCUCUCUCGGUGCUUUCAACUUAGCAACAGAAGAUAGAUAGAUAGAACGAACGAACAAGUUUGCAGUAACAUCAACAAAUAACACAUGCUCUUAAAUUAAGAUCAACUCAUCUCAAUCAAAUUACAGCAGAGCAGAGCAGAGAGCAGCAAUAAUGAAGUUUUCAGUGUUUUUGUUUAUAGGGUUUGUGUUGACUGGUAUGUCAAUGGCCAGAUUCGUAGUUGAGAAGAACAGUUUGUCGGUUACUUCGCCUGAUAAAAUUAAAGGCAAACAAGACAGUGCCAUCGGUAACUUCGGUAUACCUCAAUACGGUGGUAGCAUGGUCGGUAAUGUCGUUUACCCUAAAGAUAACAAUAAGGGUUGUAAAGACUUCGAUCAAUCUUUCAAAUCACACCCUGGUGCUCUUCCCACAAUCCUUUUGCUCGAUCGUGGAAAUUGCUUUUUUGCUUUGAAGGUUUGGAAUGCACAGAAGGCUGGAGCUUCUGCAGUUCUAGUUGCCGAUGAUAUCGAAGAACCCUUAAUUACUAUGGACACACCUGAAGAGGAUGGGUUGUCUGCUAAAUACAUUGAGAACAUAACAAUACCAUCUGCUCUUAUUGGUAAAAGUUUUGGUCAGAAAUUGAAGGAUGCCAUAAGUGGUGGGGAUAUGGUCAAUGUUAAUCUUGACUGGAGAGAGGCUGUUCCUCACCCUGAUGAUCGUGUCGAGUAUGAGUUGUGGACAAACAGCAAUGAUGAAUGUGGAGUUAAAUGUGAUAUGUUGAUUGAAUUUUUGAAGGAUUUCAAGGGUGCCGCACAGAUCUUAGAGAAAGGAGGUUACACUCAGUUUACACCUCAUUAUAUAACUUGGUACUGUCCUCAUGCAUUUACAUUGAGUAAACAGUGUAAGUCCCAAUGCAUAAACCAUGGAAGAUAUUGUGCACCAGAUCCUGAGCAGGACUUCAGCACAGGUUAUGAUGGGAAAGAUGUGGUUGUUGAAAAUUUGAGGCAGCUAUGUGUUUUCAAGGUGGCUAAACAAGCUGAAAAGUCUUGGGUGUGGUGGGACUAUGUCACUGAUUUUCAAAUUAGAUGCCCUAUGAAAGAGAAAAAGUACAACAAGGAAUGUGCAAAUGCUGUCAUUAAAUCUCUGGGUCUUGACAUCGCAAAGAUUGACAAAUGCAUGGGAGACCCUGAUGCCGAUGCUGAAAAUUCCAUUUUGAAAGAAGAGCAAGAUGCCCAAAUUGGGAAGGGAUCACGUGGUGAUGUUACUAUAUUGCCUACACUUGUCGUCAAUAACAGACAAUAUCGAGGUAAACUGGAGAAAGGUGCUGUUCUAAAGGCUAUUUGUUCCGGAUUUGAAGAAACUACUGACCCAGCUGUUUGUUUGAGCAACGGUAAAUGUUUACUUACCUUUGGUACAAGAGAAAUAUGCCGUGUAGACUUGUUUUUAGACCUCAUUCUUCUGAUUUUCUGGACAGAUGUGGAGACAAAUGAGUGCUUGACAAACAACGGUGGUUGUUGGCAGGAUAAAGCAGCUAAUAUCACUGCAUGCAAGGAUACAUUCCGUGGGCGAGUAUGUGAAUGCCCCUUGGUUGAUGGUGUGCAAUUCAAAGGAGACGGUUAUACAACUUGUGAAGUCGGUGGACCUGGACGUUGCAAGAUUAACAAUGGAGGCUGUUGGCACGAUGCCCGGAAUGGACAUGCAUUUUCUGCUUGUUUGGAUGAUGGGGGAGUUAAAUGUCAGUGUCCUACCGGGUUUAAAGGCGACGGUGUAAAAAAUUGUGAAGACAUUGAUGAAUGCAAAGAGAAGAAAGCUUGUCAGUGUCCUGAAUGUAGCUGCAAAAAUACUUGGGGCAGCUAUAACUGCAGUUGCAGCGGAAAUCUCCUGUAUAUCAAGGACCAUGAUACCUGCAUAAGUCAAACUGCCAGUCAGGCAAAAUCCAGUUGGGCUGCUUUUUGGGUCAUUUUGAUUGGAUUGGGUAUGAUUGCUGGAGGGGGUUUCCUUGUGUACAAAUAUAGAAUUAGGCAAUACAUGGAUUCUGAAAUCAGAGCAAUCAUGGCACAAUAUAUGCCCUUGGACAGCCAAGCAGAAUUUCCAAAUCACGACAAUCAUGAAAGAACUUGAAAGAAAAAACAGGUCAGUCUCUAGUGAUCUCACGGCGUGCAGCAUGGAUGUGGCUUCUCCUGUGCCCUCUUUGAGCCGUUUAGCAUUCUGAGCCUUUCAUUUAGUACUGUAUCAUAUGGACAAUAAACUAUCGACAGUUUGAAAUUUAGAAUGCUCGAGUGUUUUAUUUGUUCUCUAUUGGUUGAGAAUCUGGCAUUUUGUAUACUUGGAAGGUCAGAGGUAUUUCACUCGAUCCUGCAUUUCUGUUUACCAAAUGUAAUCUUCCACAUCCACGCACAAUGUUGUAACUUAUGGGUGUUGUAGUUCAGGUAACAUCUUGAUAUUAUUACAUUGCUCUGUGGGGGCGUUCCUGCCUUUUUUUUUUUGUUUUC